ACUCUUUCACAUUUAUCACAUCCUCAUUAACAAUGAUAAUACUCUUAUUCUCAUUAGCUCUUCCAAUUAUCUUAGCUUGUGUCUAUUUUAUACACAUGCCCAAAAGACGGCCACACAGAGACCCUCUCCCACCCGGUCCGCCGCCGAUCCCGUUGAUUGGAAACCUCCACCAAAUCGGCUCGGCCGCCGUCCUCCAUCUCUAUCUCCACCAACUCUCCAAAAAAUACGGCCCCAUAAUUCACAUGAAAUUAGGCCAUGUUCCACUAUUAGUAAUUUCCUCAGCAAAUUUAGCCAAACAAGUAUUGAAAAAUCAAGAUUCAUCCUUUUGCAAUAGGCCCAAAUACCUAGGGCAGCAGAAGCUAUCCUACAACAACUCUGACAUAGUCUUCUCUCCAUACAAUGACUAUUGCAAAGAGAUGAAAAAAAUCACUUCCAUCCAUCUCUUCAGCCCGAAAAGGGUUCAUUCCUAUCGCCCUAUUCGCGAAGAGGAGAUCGCUCGAAUGAUCUCGCAAAUUGAGAGCUUUUCUUCGAAUGAUCGAGUUGUGAAUUUGAGUGAGAUGGCUAUGGCUCUCAUGAGCUCUUUGGUGUGCAGAAUUGCGUUCGGGAAGAGGUACGAGGAUCAUGGAUCGGAGGUUAGGAGGUUUGAUAAGCUUCUAGAAGAAGUUCAGGCCGUGGCGGUCGCCUUCUAUGUGUCUGAUUAUUUUCCGGCGUUUGGUUGGGUGGAUAGGGUGACCGGAAUGAUCGGAAGGCUCAAUUCGGUGGUGGAGAGGAUGGAUUUGUUUUAUGAGGAGCUGAUCAAGGAGCAUCUUGAUCGGAAAGGGGAGGAGGGAAUGGAUGACAUUCUUCAUGUGUUGAUUCAACUCAAAUUGGAGAACAAGGUUGAUCUUGGAUGGCAUAACAUUAAAGCCUUACUAAUGGAUAUAUUUGUGGCGGGAACAGAAACAAGUUCAUCUGCAAUUAUUUGGACGAUGACAGCACUAAUAAAAGCACCCAAAGUUAUGGAGAAAUUGAAAAAUGAAAUCAGAAAUUUGAUAGGCAAAAAGGGCAAAGUAGAUGAGGAUGAUUUGACCAAACUUCCAUAUCUAAAAGCAGUGGUAAAUGAGAGUUUGAGAUUAUACCCACCAGGUCCACUGCUUAUACCAAGAGAAACAACUAAGGGAUGCCUUCUAGAUGGCUAUGAAAUUGGUGCAAAGACGGUGGUUUAUGUUAACGCAUAUGCUAUAGGAAGAGACACCGAGCACUGGGAAAAUCCUGAUGGGUUCAUGCCAGAGAGAUUUUUAGAUAGCAAUAUUGAUGCAAAAGGGCAAGAUUUCGGGCUGAUUCCAUUUGGAUCAGGACGAAGAAUGUGCCCCGGGAUACUUAUGGGACUCUUAAAUGUGGAGCUUACAAUUGCAAAUCUACUCUACAGUUUUGACUGGGAGUUGCCUCCAGGGGUUUAUGCACAUGAUGUUGAUACAGAUCCUAAGCCGGGAGUUGCAGUCCAGAAGAAAAACGCGCUUCUUCUCGUGCCUAAAACAUAUACUAUAUGAAUUUUAGUACUAUCAAGUAACAUUAGUCUAUGUCAUCUAGGGUCAUGUUCCAAACAUAAUUUGAGUAGAUGACAUUGUUUGUUUAUUA